AUGAAUAUAUUUCGUUUCGCUGGUGAUUCUUCUCAUCUUAUUGCUAUUGUCAUACUAGUUGUAAAAAUAUGGAAAACACGCUCUUGUGCAGGACUUUCUGGAAAAUCACAGCUAUUAUUUGCAUUUGUCUUCACAUCGCGUUAUUUAGAUCUCUUGAAUUUCAUUUCAUCAUAUAAUACAGUUAUGAAGAUUUUUUUUCUUGUAUCUUCAUAUGGAACCGUUUAUCUGAUGUUUUUCAAGUUCAGAGCUACUUAUGACCGGAAUCACGAUACAUUUCGGAUAGAAUUAUUAAUUAUUCCAGCAGCAGCACUUGCUUUGCUCAUCAACCACCAGUUUUCGUUCAUGGAGAUUUCCUGGUCGUUUUCCAUAUAUUUGGAAGCAGUUGCCAUCAUGCCGCAGUUGUUCAUGCUUUCGCGUACCGGAAGUGCUGAAACAAUCACCGCUCAUUAUUUGUUUGCAUUGGGAACGUAUCGGGCUUUGUAUAUCUUGAAUUGGAUAUACCGUUACUACACUGAGGAAUUUUUCGAUCCUAUUGCAACUGUUGCCGGUGUUAUACAAACCGUACUUUAUGCCGAUUUUUUCUAUCUCUAUGUUACACGAGUGAUUCGAGGACACAAAAAUCUGGAGCUUCCCGCGUAA